GGGUGCCGGGAACCAUUUACUACCUCGGCAGCAGCCAUGGCGUGCUUCCAGAUGAAGCAUGGCAAUGCUUCAACUUUGCUCGGGCGAGGCACGACUUUGCUCGUGGCUUUAGCCCUGAUGCUGGAUAUCAAGGCAAUGAAAGGGAACAAAUUUGUGCAUAA